UUCAUUCCCAUAAAUUAAAAUCGAAAGCGUGGCGUAGCUGUUUAGUUUCGCUGAUCGCCUCCGGCGGCCGCCCGAACCCCGUGCAGUGGCUGGUGAUGGUGCUGAAAUUACUGCUGAUCACGACCGGCAACGGCAGGAAGAUGACCGAAAUGCAGCAGCGUGCCAGUAUCGAGUUCGAGCGCCAGCGGCACCUGGCCAACUGGCUGAUCGAGUCGAGCCCGCACAUGCCGACCCCGACGCCGGCCCAGCAGAAGCAACUCCAGCAGCAACUGGUGGCGGCGGCGGCGGCGACGACGGGCGGUGGAAAAAAGACGGCGACCGGCGGCGGCGGCGGAAAGUUCAAGCAGAGUCCGAUGUAUCUGCUGGCCAAGAUCGGCCACAACCUGCAGGCGGUCGGCGGUGGACUCGGUGGUGGUGGUGGUGGAGGUGUUGGGACGGCCGGGACGGGUGCCAACGGUGCUGGCCAGCCACCGAACUCACUGGCCGCCGCCUCGUCCACCUUCAACUCGCAGACCAACCUGCCGCUACAGAUCCUGGCUCCGGGUGGUGGAGGUCGCGACGGUAGCAAACCGAAGUUGCGGCGCUUCAACUCACACGACACCAGCGCCAACAUGUUCUCGGUGGCGGAGUUUGAAAACGCGCGGCUGGCGCGGAGGAAUGAGCUCGAGAACGCGGCCCUACUACGCCAGCGGCAGCGCUACAAGCUCAACUCCUUGUCGUCCGGCGGAGCAGGUGGUGGUGGUGACUGCUCCACCGGUGAAAGCAAGGGCUCGAAGCUGUCGAACGAGUCGGUGACCACCACCGAGCCACUGAUUGCGGAACAGUUCUUGGAGCGGUUCUCGUUGCCACGUGUCAUCCGCCUUUCGUACACGUCUUCACCGACGGCGGCAGCGGCGGCGGUGGCGGCGGCGGCGACGUCGGGCAACGGGGACCACACGAUGACGUCUUCCAGCUCGGCCGAAUCGAGCAGCACGGCGGAACGACCGGCCAGCGGGGCCGGCGGGUUGAAGAAGUCGAAGAAAUCGAAAGGUGGCCUCGGAACGACCACGACAACGACGGCUGGCGCCAGCGGCGGCGACCUGUUCCUGCUCUACCGGUACAUGAAGGGCUACAAGAGCUACCACGUGUUCAACACGAAGGCCUCCACCAACCGGAAGAAGGGCUACAAGAUCCCGCAGGACUUCCCAGGGUACUUCUCGUUCAUCAACGAGAAGGGCGCGGCGUCCGCCACCGUCUACACGACGAUCGUCCAGCUGGUCCGGGAUCAGGUGUACAAGUUUCUUUCGCUGGAAAAUCUGGCCGCCUAUACCGAAUCGCACGCCGACAACUUUAGCCACAAGGCGCACUACGUGAAGGCGACGGCUAAGGCGGGCCAGGUCUACCGUUUGCUCGCCGUGUUUCAGGACGGUGACCACAAGACGGCGUCCGCUAGUCACAAGGAUACCACCUCGUCGCUCACGAGCGAGCGACACAUCGGGGGUCGCGAGAAGGAGCGAGGAAAGUACGCCCAGCUACUGGACGACAAUCGACAGAUCUACUACGUCUCACUAUCGGCCAAAGGGAAGUUCUAUGAAAUCGAGCAGCAUAGUGCGCCCGUCCUGCAGAAGCCGGGUUGUGGUGGUGCGGGUUUCGGCCAUCACCAUCACCAGCAGCAGAAUGGCGGCGGUACGAACAAUACCCACAACAGCAACAACAACCCUCUGCAAAACCGGAAACGGGAGCUCAGCCGGGACUGUGUGCAUCGGAUCGGGUUCAUCAUGCAAUCGGACGUUAGUCUGCCGCUGAAUCUGCGGCUCAUCUCGCCCCAAAAUGGGCUGCCCUCGACCGUACCAGAGUACGUGACGAUCGCGAAGUGCAGCGAAGAAAACUUCCUCAUCGCCUGUCCGCUGGACGAGCAGCAGCUGACCUCGACGCUGACGCUCACCAAGCUGCACCUGGCCCCGCAGAUGAAGUUCGCCAAGUGCACGAUGGGCUUCGAGAGCGAGCAGCACAUGCUGCUCAACCCGAACGUGCAGACGGUGCUCAAGUUCUGCCAGUUCAACUGCGACAACUUUCUGCGCAUCGUCGACCACGAAACGAACGCCAUCGAGCUGCAGCAGAUGGUGGCGGUGGCGGCCCAGCAACAGCAGCACCGCGACCGGGAGCCCGUUUCGCCCAGUGCCACGCUGACCACCACGACGGGUCCGAGCUCGCUCGGAUCCAACACGAGCGGUGGCGGCGGUGGUCCUGGCAAGGAACUGUCGUCGAAGGGUAGCGAUGUCCUGCGAGCGUUCGGCCGGCUGUUUGGCGGUGGUUCCGGUGGCGGUGGCGAUCGCAACGGAUCCGGCCACGAGAAGGAAGAUUCCAUCAUAUUUUUAAGUAAAAAUGAUCUGGAAAGUCUCGAGUGCGGUGCUCGGACCCGGGGUGACCACCACGAAGACCACCAACAAAACCACCACUACCAGCACCACCACCACCACCAUCAUCACAGUUUGGACGACCGCUCGUUCGAUGGAUCAUCCCGGCAGGAGUUGGCCCACCAACCGCACUCACUGCCGGCCGGUGGAUUCAGCGAGAAGAUGAAGGUGUUCACCGCGAAGGGCGGUGCCGGAAGCAAGGCAAAGUCCUCUAGCCGUUGGUUCAAGGGUCUGGGAGGCGGCGGGAAAGCGACCAGCGGAGGCAGCGGUGGCCACCAUCACGGUCGGCCGAUCUCGCCGACGACGACGGUCGACGACGAGUGGGACAAACGGACGAGCCUCGAUCGGUACAAGGACAUGUCGAAGCUGAUCCAGGAACGAUUCGGCACGCUCGGUCUGUCCGGCGUCACCUCCCAGCGGGCCACCAGCUCGUCGGACAUCCUGCUCGGAGGGGGAGGAGGCACGGAGGACGAGCUGGUCAGCCUCAAUCCGGCACCGGGUUGCGGGAGUGCGGAAAAGAUCCUCAGCAGCGGGUACGAGUCCGACAGCACGUCUUGCCCCGGUGGCGGCACGGUCGGUAUGCAGAAGUCCCGUUCGCUGCAGCACAUUGGCCAGCGAGACGGAAUGGCCUCGGCCGGUGGCGGUAAAAACCGCCCGGACUUGGUGACCAACAUUUCGGGCUCGGUGGAGGGUGGCGGUGGCGACGAUGACGAUGACGAUCGGUUGUCCGAGCUCGACGGGGACACGUUGUUCUUCCCGCUGCGCACCGCCGCCCACCAGCAGUCCUUCAUGACGCAGAAGCUGUACAGUGAGUUCCACGUCAAGACGAAACAGUACAGCAAGUCGUCCUCCAGCAUCCAGCAGCUCCUGCAUCUGGCCAGUGGCAGUGGAGCACUGGCCCACGGGAAGGCGGGCAAACAGCGCGGCGCACCAGUGGCCAGUGGGAAGAACCGGAGCACCUCCAACGAGGUGAUCCUCUCGUUCGAGGACCUUCGCUACAUGAACCGCGAGGAAGAGGAGCCAAGUGCCGGCAAACGAGGCGGAUGGUCGAGCGAACAGGAAGCGGCAGCGGCCCAUCGGCGACUGAAGUCGGUUUCGCUGCGAGUACAGCAGGAGGCGGAGGACGAGAACCGGAAAAGGAACAGCGCGCAGGUGCUGGAGGACGAUCUACCGUACAGCAGUGUGCGUGACUCGAUCGUGCUCCACGAACCGGAUGUGACGACGGUGCCGGCGGAGAGUAUUUACGCCGAAAUAUGCAACGACGUACCGGCGCCGACACCACCACCGGGUGGAAGCACCGGCCGCCCGCUCGUGCCUCACCACUCCGUGACGAUCAACACCGGGGCUGCAUCGGUGCGAGCGAUCGAGAAACGGUUCGUCAGCAUCCGGAUCAAUGUGCCACCGUGUGACAGUCUCGCUUCUGGCGGUGGUCCGGUGGUAAGCCUCAAUCCGGCCGGCGGUGGCGGCGCGGGUCGCAGCGGUGGAAGCAGCACUAGCAACAGCAGCAGCAGCCGCUGCUCGUCGGCCGUUUCUAGUCCCAUCGAAGACAACAUCUACAACACCAUCAAGUAAAGGACGCCCUGCUGCGCGGUGGCACAUUGGGCAGCUGAAUCCGCUGGAACUAGGAGGGGUAGGACAGUGCCCCAGGGGGGCAGUGUACAAGAGAAGACCUACCUUUCGCGUUGAACAGUUGUUGGAAACGACGACCAAAGUAUUACCGGAAUUUGUGAUAGCGGCAAGUAAGGAACCCUUAACCGAAGUCCCUAGGAACGGAACGACAUUGUAGAUUUAGCAAAGGAGCGACGCGGAAGCGAUCUGUGGUGUUCGCGAGGGGCAGCGCCAG